UCGCGAGGUCGGCUUCUCUCAGUCUCGGCUCAGUCGACUCCCGGCCGUCAUUUCGCGAGACUUCGUGCCCCUCAGCCGCCCCUGCCGCCGCAUCAGACUAGCGCCGGACCGGGACUCCGACCGGCUUCUUCCGCGGGCACAGCUCGAGCUUCGGCUCCGGCCCCGCCGAGGCCCCGGACCCCCCCUGCCCUGUCUUCCCUGCCCUCCUCUGCCGCUGUCAUGGCGGACCCCAAAUACGCCGACCUCCCCGGCAUUGCCAGAAAUGAACCAGAUGUUUAUGAGACCAGCGACCUCCCUGAGGACGACCAAGCAGAAUUUGAUUCGUUUGCACAAGAGCUGGAGGAGCUAACAAGUACAAGUGUGGAGCACAUCAUUGUCAACCCAAAUGCUGCCUAUGACAAGUUCAAAGACAAAAGAGUGGGGACCAAGGGACUUGACUUUUCGGAUCGUAUUGGGAAAACCAAAAGGACAGGAUAUGAAUCUGGAGAGUUUGAAAUGCUUGGAGAGGGACUGGGGCUGAAGGAGACACCCCAACAGAAGUACCAAAGACUGUUGCAUGAGGUUCAAGAAUUAAUGACUGAGGUGGAGAAGAUAAAGACAACAGUGAAGGAGUCAGCUGCUGAGGAGAAGCUGACCCCUGUGAUGUUGGCCAAACAGCUGGCCGUCCUGAAACAGCAGCUCGUCGCCUCCCACCUAGAGAAGCUGCUGGGACCUGAUGCUGCCAUCAACCUCACUGACCCUGAUGGAGCCCUGGCCAACCGUCUACUGGUGCAACUGGAGGCAGCUAAGAGCAGCAAAGGGAUUGGGACAGGGGGCAAGGACAGUGCUGGGCCCUCCCCUGACAGCAGCCUGGUUACUUAUGAGCUUCACUCUCGGCCUGAGCAAGACAAGUUCUCCCAGGCCGCCAAGGUUGCAGAGCUUGAGAAACGGCUGUCAGAGCUGGAGGCAACAGUGCGCUGUGACCAGGACCCUCAGAAUCCCUUGUCUUCGGGCCUGCAGGGAUCCUGCCUGAUGGAAACAGUGGAGCUGCUGCAGGCAAAGGUGAGCACCCUGGACCUUGCUGCUUUGGAUCAGGUAGAAGCACGACUACAGAGUGUCCUGGGGAAAGUGAAUGAGAUUGCUAAACACAAAGCUGCUGUGGAGGAUGCAGACACACAAAGCAAGGUACAUCAGUUGUAUGAGACAGUUCAGCGCUGGAGUCCCAUUGCUGCUACGCUUCCGGAACUAGUACAGCGACUUGUUACCAUCAAGCAGCUGCAUGAGCAAGCUAUGCAGUUUGGUCAGCUCCUGACACAUCUGGACACCACCCAACAGAUGAUCGCUGGUUCUCUCAAGGACAACGCUGCCUUACUGGCUCAGGUGCAGGCUACCAUGCAUGAGAACCUGGUCACAGUGGAAGGAAACUUUGCCAGCAUCAACACACGAAUGAAGAAACUAGGAAAGUGAGCAGAAGUGGAGGGGCAGUCUCUGACCCAUUUGUGUAUAUCCUGUACUUAUCAGCUUGAGUAUGGCUGUGUUCCUUCUUUCCUUCAUUAUAAGAAUCCCAGGUCCCCACCCUCACCUCCAAGGAGAGGACCUCCUGCAUGUGCAGUGUAUCCCCCUUCCAUACAUUCAACAGUGGUGGUCAAGGGGAAGCAUCUCCUGUUAGCCCCUGGAGACGGGGGGCAUGGAAACAGCCAUUCUCCUAACCCAUGUAUAACACUGCUUUCCCAUGAUGUGGUGGGAGUAGGGGUACACAGAUGCUCUGUGGCUAACUGUACAACUUUCUGAUCAUUAAAUGCUGUUGUGCCGUA